CAGGGGAGCCGCUAAAGCUUAGCCAAUUACAGCGGCCCCCUUAGGUUCAAACACAAAGACGUAAUACAGUUUUGGAAAAGCUGUGGUGUAUGGUUUGGAGGGACCUCCCUCCAACUGCGCAAAGCCAUACAAAUAUUCGUACCCAGUCCCUUGCUCCUUUAGAUACUAAUCCAGCACAUUGCUUCCUCUAGUCCCUGGUCUUCUCUCUCUGUCACGCAACGCUGUACGUUCUCUCUUGAGAGCGUAGCGUUGCGUGACAGAGAGAGGGCCAGAACGAUAAUUACACGGAAAAGAAAUGCAUGAAAUCAAGGUAGCUUGAAAUGGGUGCAACGGUCUUCAUUGAUCCACUCCUUGAGCUAGUAAACAAACAACACAAAGACUGUGUUCUUAUCUUGUAUUCCAUACGACCUGUAGUUGAAAACCUCUUCGAAGACCCCUAAGUCUAUGGCCAAAAUGAUUAGUAACUUCAUAUCCUGUUUUUCGGGCUCGCAUUUAAUUACGAUCCACCCACAGUAGAAAGCGUUUUUAUGGACAGCAGCUCCUGUAUUUAAGUUAAUUUAUGUUCCUUUUUUUCCUUGCAUUUCUCGGCUCGAAACAGGCAGCGAAAUAAACAUGCUGAACUAAAAUUUAAAUAAGGGCAUUUUAUCGCCUUUUUAUGUACCGCUCAAAUGUGAACAUCAACAUCCGUUCCCCCGCGCAUUCCCUUCUUCCCAAGGGGAGGGGAUGUAGGAAAUUGACGCCGUGUGUGGUUGAUAUUGGGGUGGGGCAUUCUACACCAUAUGGGAGGGGUAGAAGGGAUGUGACAAAGUUACCUCGUUAUCAUGCACGGUGAUGCUAGGAAACCAGAAGAGACAGCUCUGUGGAUCCAAACAGAGCGUUGAAAACUUUGUGAUUUGUUUUGGAAGGAAAUGUACAAGAAGUUUUUGUUGUGCAAGGUUGAUCGCAUGAUUUAUUAAUGUAUAAGCAAUACUUUGGUAACAGUGGAAGUUCAAAGCGGCUGUUCGAGGGUGAUUUUGUUUCUUUUCAAUUACUCACUUUUGCCACAAGUUUUGCUCCGAGGGAUACAUAGUAAUUGCUUUCGGUUAAAUGAAGAUAAACAAGUUUAAUGCCGAGAAGUCCUUGACUCGGAAACCAUGUAAUUUAAACUGCCAGCGAUUGGAAAAAAUGCUGUAACGCUCGAGUAAACUCGUGAGUUUUUUAAUUUUGAAGUUAGAGGUAAGUUCAAAUGCCUAAAGUGGUUUUGUACAAACUCGAUAGAAAAUCAAAUUGCUUAACUCAAAUUGCUCAAUAUUAUUCUCUUACCGUACAUCAUUGUCAGUGUUAAGUCGUCUCUGCUCUAUAUGACAAUAAGCUAUAGCAGUUCAGUCAGGUAUUACGGAAAAACCGUUUUGCUGCCUGAAAGAAACACUGAGAAAAGCCGCCAGACGGUCUUCCAACAUGGCGAACGGUUAAUUGAAGUCACGUGACCGGACAUACUAUGCGAGCCGCGCUUUCUGUGCUUUUUACAGACCCUCGGCAAGACGCCAACCUAACCAGCGAACGGACCUGUUUGUCACAUUCAGAACACGUGAUAGGAGAUAAAACUAACGCUAACACCAAACGGAACGAAUACAGUGCUUGAGCGGACGACUGCGACUACCCACGUGCGAGUUUCUGAAUUGUUUGGCGAGUUUCUCAUGGAAUUAAAGUGACUUUUGUUGAGGAAUUUCUCCAUUUUAAGUUAAUUGUAAUCUUGCAAGUGCUUGGUCAAGUGUACUCUUCUAGAUGAAUGCAAUACAGUCCUCCAUCCGAUGUGUGCAAUUGAGUUUACCCACGUCCGAAGUUCCUGCCUUGACGUGUGGGUUAUUUUAGGGUCUCUUCGGUAUCAGUCAGUCGAUCUUCUUAAAUCUCUUGAAAAUCCGUAAAAUUGUUUGCUUUUUACUUCCUAACUGAUUCCUGAUGUGCUUUGUCUAAAAACGAAAAAAACAAAAACAAAACAAAAGUUGAGAGGAAAAAAAGAAAAUCAAUCGCUUAUGCUGGAGUAUCCAUGGACCACUUCUUGCGUGUUUCGGAGGAAAUACCGUUGUCGACUCAGUAGCGGGCUGCACCAUUUCAUUAUAUGAUAAUUGCCUUAUAAUAAGACAGCUGUAACAGCUGGGGAGUUAAGAUGUCUGUCUCCAGACUAUGUAUGAUUUAAGGGCCUUUACUCUUCCCGCCGUUGCUUAGGGAACGAUGAAGAACUGAUCAUAUACGUGCAACGUUAUUAAAUUUAACAAUUCCCCGAUUUUGAGAUGUGGCGUUAAGGGCGAGAAGUGGCCAGUUUGAGAACUGUUGUUUGAAGUUAUGAACUGCUUGUGGCACUCUGCACGUUGAUAUCAUGGUAAAUGUACGAAACUCUUUUCUCUAACCUUAAAAAAACGUAUUCUUAAAGACGAGUCAAUGGCUGAAGGGGAAAUUCAUAGCAACACGAGGCUCUCUUUGAGUGUCGAAAAGUCGUUUGUCUUUCGUCUCGAUUGGCCUUUGUUUUACCGAGUAAGUUCAUAAGAAAUUGCACAAAAAAGCGCCUCAAACGUCAAUUAAAAUCUUAAUAUAGAACGGACAUGUCCAAUUCUUCACGCCUUAUAAUUCCAAAUGGGUAAUUAAGCGACUCUAGAAUUGACUAUAUUGGGAAGGUUCCUCAGCGGCAAUCCGACUUGAGCUCUGUCAGUUUCGAACGAUAUAAAAUUCUAUCGUCGCGAGGCGUUGUCAAAUUGCGUAUUAUAAAAACUAGUUUCGUCCGAUCAUCAAACAAUUCGAACGGAGUCUCUCAAUAAAAAAAUACUCAUUUUAUGACAGAGUAAUCUGACCGCAGAGCUCUGGAAUAAGCUAGCCCAGUGCAGUUUGGAGUCCGUAUUGGAAAGAUCUACACAAAGUUGACUUUAUCGCAUAAAGGAAUUUGUCCAAAUUUUUGCUCAAUAUCUCUAAAAUGACUCCAGAUCUAAGAGGAGAGCAUUUUAUCUUCCAUCGUUGGUCUUCAGGGACCCUUACAUUUCUGACGGUAUUUGUUGGAAGAACAGAUUCUGGUUCCAAUCCCCUGGCAGGAUGGGUUUACUAAUUUUCUUGAAUUACUUGUCUGACUUAAAGCCGAGAUUUAAGAUGCUGAUCAGUCAAUCGACCAAGCAAAGGAAACCGGGAAAUAAACAGGUUGAACGAAGUAGCUGAAUAAAACUGACGGGGGCCACGUGUUGUUGCAAAAUGUGUGGGCAAUAAAAAUGCGCAGUUUUAGUUUGUCUUUAGCUUAGUUUUUCAAAUAUUUUUGUCAAACAAGGGACGGAAGAUAAGCUUGUGUUUAGAUAAUGCCUACCUGUUAUUUAUAAAGUCGUGAAAACACCUUUUAUUGGAUAGUUGUGAUUGUCACUUCCUUUACUAAAAUAAUUUUGUGUGAAAAGCGAGGGCAAGUAUGCAACGUUUGAAUUUUUUCGCAAUUGUUUAUUUAUAAAAUGGACCUGUUUGUCACUUCUGGUGAUUAUGUAACAAGCGCUUUUUUUAGUCGAAAUCUGCUGGUUUGACACGGAAGAAAGAAAAAACUGCCGCUUGGGAGGCAGAAUAUUUUCGGUAGAGGAAAAACAAGAGUACUUUCGGUGCGUGGGAACCUUGCGAUGGCAUUGUUUUGCAAACGUAGUGUGUUGUAAAGACUUUUGUCCUGAGCGGGUGUGUACAACAAUGCAGGGAAACAAAACACACUUUGCAAACAAAGCCAAACACGUGCUCUGGAAUAUGGCGUUGUAAUGCUUUAUUUACAGUGCGCUUUAUGAACUUCACAAUGGCCCCGUUGAGUGAUCACAAUGUAUCACGUCCGAUUUUCUAGUAGACCAUUCCAAAAGUCGUUUGUUUAUUUUUCACAGCCAAUUAGCUCAAAUCGUUCUCACGGCCCGAGUUGAAGUCAUUCCAAGUGAGCUUUGGAAUAUGGAAAAAGAAUCUACGCUUGACAUUAAUUUGUGAAGUGUCACUAAUUCGCCUAGCAGACUUAUAGUCUCGAUCGCUAAAUGCCUUUUAUGCGUGGUAAUUGGCUCGGCAUACAGCUUUUAUUUCACGGGGGUGCCGUUUUUUCUCGCGCGAGUUUGUCAUGAAUGCGCACUUUAGCUGUUGGCUUCCCUGUUCUCGCGCUAUUUGCAUAACGCAUGCUGGGAUGGUUUUGUCUUUGACAGCAAGCGACCAAUGACAGGGCUUCGUUCUCACGCUUUCUGUCUCAGCUGCCAGCGAAAGCCAAAAUACCAUUCAUCCAACAAAAAUGCAGGCUCUUUUUAAACAAAAUGUGAUGAUAAUAAGCUGGGGUUGGGAACUCAGAGCCAAGGAUUUUCCCACGGCUGGGAAGGUAAAUAAAAACGCCGUGUACGCCGAAGUUACGUUCAUUUGUCACUCUGGUUAGUUGCCAGAGGAUAUCGAAAGAAACAUUUUAAAACAUUCGACUCGGAAAAUCGUAGGAAAAGAAAAACUAAAAUAGCGAUGGUUCAGGAAUCUACAAAGUUAGAAAAAGAACAUGAUUCGGAAAGCCGCAAGUGGUCUAAGCCAAUCAUGGAGAAGAGAAGACGGGAACGGAUCAACCGAAGUCUAGAAGAACUGAAGAGACUUGUCCUUGAAGCGCAGAAUAGAGAUAGUUCUCGGUACACUAAGCUGGAAAAGGCAGACAUACUGGAGAUGACUGUACGACAUCUUCGAAGUUUGCGACAUCACCAGCGAACAGUGGUGAGUAGUGCCGACCCACACGUUCUACUGAAGUACCGCACGGGCUACAGCGCAUGCGUGGCUGAAGUGUCCAAGAGUGUGAUAGGGGACGAGCGUUUGGAUCCCGACAUCAAAACACGAAUCCUGUCACAUCUUGCCGGCUGUCAUGGAUCUCAGCGAGCGGGCAACGGCAUGGCGCUACAGUCCACUUCGAGAAACCCUACGUCGAUUCAUUUCGGCACUACAGGGGACUUUGCAGGGAAGAAGCAAAGGCGACUGAUACCUAGAGACACUCAAGAAUCGCGCUCCUCGCAAGCGCGGGCCAGUAUUUCUCCGUACAUGGUUCAAGCCCAUCGAGUCCUCCCUUCGACAGGGGCCAUCCCGCUUCACUAUGUUCCUGUUUUAAGUACCGACUCUGCGACCUCUUCAGGAAUGCACCAUGCUCUGGUCCCAAGUGGGCCCUCUGCAGGUUUACACCUAACAGACCCCUUGUGGCGACCUUGGUGAUCAACAGAGGUUGAGAAUAUUUAAAUGGGAGGCCUUUGAGAAUAUAAUGAAAGGAAUAAAGUAUUUUUAAAAGAGUAGCGUUGAUUACACAGUCCACAUUUCGAAAAUAAGUAUCAGUGUAAGCUAAGUAGUUCUUUUGUUGAAGGUCAGUAGCUCCCAAGCCCAUCUGCGUAUGCUUUGAUCUGCCAGCUCUUGUUUAAAAGGGGUCUCGUCUGGCCAUUCUGUAAAUACCUAGUUGUCAAUCAUUUAAGUGCCUUGGAGCUUGAUUUGUCUGUCACAUUGUUCAGUGAAUUCAUUUGAGAAUUGUCCAACGGUUGUCGUCUUUACAGCUUUGUAGGUUUUAGGCGCAAAACCGUAUCUAGAUUUUAGCCCGACCUUUACGAAGAUGAAACAAAGUUUGAGAGCCUUUUUGGUGCCAAUAUUUUGGGACAGAAAGGCGAAAGUACAGUAGAUGAGCCUUCAGUAGCGGCAUGAAUAGUAUAGAGCAUUGUUAUAUACAAUUGUAAAUACACAAAUUAAGGACAGUUAACGUUCUUAGAGAUUUAUUGUAAGUAUGAAUAAAUGAUUCUAACUAAAAAAUAAACUUGUUUUGACAUACGGAAAAGAGUUUUUCUUUGUUUGUCAAAGUAACAACAAAAUCCUUACCCCUUCAAUAGUGUUGUCUCGUGUAGCUACUGGUGUUUCGAAUCACGAGGAGAAAAUGAAGGAAAUUUGAACAUUUCGUCUGCCAAGAACCUACAACAGUGUGUUACUGUGAAACUCGUAUUUCCCACGCGCAAGAGAUUAAAGAAAGAAUAGCACACUAAAGGGGCUUGGACUGAUCGUAGAUCAUCGUAGAACUGACUGAAAUAUCACAAUAAGGGCUUAACACUGUAAAACGUUAGGGACUCUGGGCGCUUCCUGGAAGAGAAAAACCUGGAGGCGAGGGUGAUUGUUUGCUACUUCAGUUAGAAAUUUAAUACUAGGGGGUAGGGGUGGUAAACCUGCGAUAGACACGCAUCUCUUUAUGGGGAGGGGAGGAGACACGAAUACUCCAAGUAGCUUAACGUGACAGAAACUGCGAGGUAAACUCUGGCUACAUUGGCCAUUUGGCCUGACGCAGACUUGAACUUAAGCCCGUUAUACAGGUUAAAACUUGAUGAGGACUGGUUCGUCUUUAAGUUACAAAACAGAUAAGUCAGUCAAUACUGGCGAAUCCGUUUCAAAUCUUUCGGUUUCUUCGAGAGGUUUUCCAGAAAUGUCGAAUGACGACCCUGGACCAGUUUUCGGUUUAGCGACGUCCUACAGAUUACUGUGUCACUUCGUUUUUCUAACCAAACGCCUUGAAGAGCACUUGAAACCAGUCAUGUUUCGUCGUUUUCUAAUUCCCCACGGUGC